CGCCUUCCCCGCCCCAAAGUGUCUGCGCGCAAGGCACGACGGGAAGGCGGUGGACAGCGGCUCCCAGCAUCCCCCGCGCGCGGGGGUUAAAGGGCAGGGCGGGGUGGAGGGGGGAGGCGGCGGUGGCAUCGAGGGCUGUGCGGCACGGGCGAUGGCAGCAUGGAGGAGACCACGGCGGUGCCGGUGAUGGAGCCGGUGCAAUUGGUGUCGGUGAAGCAAGAGGAUGAGAAUGAAGAUGAUGACGAUGAGGAGGAGGCAGGCGGCCUGGCGGGGCGGUUCCUGCAGUUGGAGUGGGAGCAGAACACGCUGCUGCGGGCGCUGCCGCCUUUCGGUGACCCCGUCAGCCACGUUUACCGCCCGCUUGACUAUGCCUGGGAGCUCCACCGUGACUUUGUGCGCCGUUACUGCCGCACACCGAAACGCGUCCUCUUCCUUGGCAUGAACCCUGGCCCCUUCGGCAUGGCUCAGACUGGGGUCCCUUUCGGAGAAGCCUGGCACGUGCGGGAGUGGCUGCGUGUUGCCGGGACGGUGCAGAAGCCGCCGGACGAGCACCCUAAGCGCCCGGUGCUGGGUUUGAGCUGCCACCGGGCAGAGGUGAGCGGCGCCCGUUUUUGGGGUCUCAUCCGGACACUCUGCCCGGACCCCCAGCUUUUUUUCCGUCACUGCUUCGUCCACAACCACUGUCCCCUCCUCUUCCUGGCUUCUAGCGGUCGCAAUCUGACCCCCAACGAAUUGCCUCCCGCCCAACGCGAUCGAUUAAUGGCACUCUGCGACCGAGCAUUGGUGCGAGCUGUGGGGCUGCUGGGUGUGGGCUUGGUGGUCGGUGUGGGGCGCUUCGCCGAGCAGCGUGCGCGCCGUGCCCUGGCGUCUGCCAGCCUCUCUGUACGCAUCGAGGGGUUACCCCAUCCCUCACCCCGAAACCCCCGCGCCAACCGGGGUUGGGAGGAACUGGCCAAGGCGCGACUGGGAGAACUGGGAAUACUGGAGUUGUUGGAGGAAAAGACAGGGGGCUUGGAGGUGGGGAGGAUGGAGCCAUGCCUCAGUUUACCCACUCAGGACCAAGCCCAGGGUCUUGCUUUGAGGGAGAAGACGGAGCAGUGCCUCAGUUUCCCCUGCUGAGAGCAAGGUUGGGGUUUUGGGGAGAGCAUUAAUAGGUCUGGGCCUCAGUUUGCCCAGCUGGGAACUGGUUUGGGGUGCCUUUAGGAGAUAGAGGAUGGAUCUGUGUCUCAGUUUCCUUAGCUGGGAACUGGUUUGAGGCACCAGGGUUUGGAUUUAGAAGGUGGAGGAUGGAUCUGUGCCUCAGUUUCCCCCAUUGGGAGCAAGGUCGGGGUUUUAAGGAGGCAUUAAUGGGUCUGUGCCUAAGUUUCUGCAGUUGAGAACUGGUUUGGGGUCCCUUUAGGAGGUGGAGAAUGGAUCCGUGCCUCAGUUUACGCCCCAGAACCAAACCCAGGAUCUCCCUCUGAGGGGGAAGAACAGAUCUGUGCCUCAGUUUCCCUACUGAGAGCCAAGUGGGAUCAAGCUGCACCCCCUUGUGCCUCUGUUUCCCCUCCCCUGGAGCAAGGACCUUCCAGUCUCCCCAGCUGAACGAGUUCAACACUAACAAGCCCUGGGGCACAUGCUGCCUCCAGCUGUGCCUCAGUUUCCCCUCCUCACCCCUUGAUUUCCUCUCAAAUCCCCGUUUUUGGGGUUUUUAAGCUAUUUAACCUGUGGGGCAGUGGCUUUGUUGGGAGGGAAACUGAGACAUGGAGGUG